GGGACUUUCCCGGCUCAGGCCCGGCCUCCCGCCACCGGGGUAUAAGGCGGCCGGGCGGGCGGAGGGAGCUCACGGGUCCGGGCCGCGCUCUCGCCACAGCUACAGCCGCCCGCUGCCUCUCCGCCGCCAAUUCCUGCUGCGCCACAGCCCUGCCAUGGCCGCGCUGACGGUGAAGGCCUACCUGCUGGGCAAGGAGGAGGUGGUCCGCGAGAUCCGCCGCUUCGCCCUCGAGCCGCCCGCCCGCUACCAGGACGUGCGCGACAAGCUCUGCGAGAUCUUCCCGGGGCUGCUGCGGGCCGGCGCGGCCCCCGGCACCUUCCAGAUGAAUUACAAGGAUGAAGAUGGGGACAUGAUUGCCUUCUCCAGUGAUGAAGAACUCAAGAUGGCAUUGCCAUACGUGAAGGAUGGCAUUUUUCGUAUUUACAUCAAAGGCAUUUUCUUUUUAGAGAAAAAGGAGUGCAGACGUGAGCACCGUUCACAGUGCAACCAGGAGCGUCCCCCCAAUGUGGUGCACCCCAAUGUGAUCUGUGAUGGCUGUGAAGGACCAGUGGUAGGUGCUCGAUUCAAAUGCACUAUUUGCCCAGACUAUGACCUAUGCAGCACCUGUGAGGGGAAAGGCAUCCACAAGGAGCACAACAUGAUCAUGUUUCAAAGCCCGCUGCUCAAUCCAUUUGAGUGGUUUCCCAGAGGUCGCUGGCUUCGUAAGAUGAGACAUGGGGUUCCACCCUUUGCAUGGAUACAUGGCUGGGGGCACCCUGGCCCUACCCCUCCAUGUGGAAACUCUGAGCAGCCACAAGCCAGUGCUGCACCCCAAAAUCCAGACCCUGAGCAAGCCUUUAACAGCCAGCCGCAGGACCAUGUCACCUUUUUAAAGAAUGUUGGAGAGAGUGUUGCAGCCAUGCUAAGUCCUCUUGGCAUUGAAGUAGAUAUUGAUGUGGAACAUGGGGGACAAAAAAGCAAAGUGACUCCCCCUUGUCCAAGUUCACAGAAGAGUGAUUCUGAGCCUGGAGGCAGUUCCACUAGCCAGAAUGGCCAGACCAAACCAGAAGGGAGUAGUAAAGAACCUGUCCCCGAGAAAGAAGAUUCUAUUACAGAGCAGAUGCAGGAGAUGGUGAUAGAGCCUCCUUCCACACCCAUGGAAGACAGCAAUUUCCUGUCGCAGGAACAGGGUGAAUCCAGUAGUUCUGCAGGGGGUGAUGAGGACUGGACCCACUUAACUUCAAAAGAAGUGGAUCCCUCCACAGGUGAACUGCAGUCUCUCCAAAUUCCAGAGACACAGGCUCCCAGCUCUUUAGACCCAUUUCAGGUUCCCCCUAGAUCAGGACCUACAGGACUGCGAGAAGCUGCACUCUAUCCACAUCUCCCACCAGAAGCAGACCCCCGCCUGAUUGAAUCUCUGUCCCAGAUGCUCUCCAUGGGUUUCUCUGAUGAUGGCGGAUGGCUGACCCGUCUCCUACAGGCAAAGAAAUGUGACAUUGGGGCAGCACUGGAUACCAUCCAGUAUUCCAAGCAACCACCUCGUUCCUAAUGGCAUUUGUGUAAGCUAGAGCACUUUCCUGUGAACUGAUGAAAACUGAACAGCAGUUCUACACUGAUGCUUGUCUCCCUAUCAGAGCGGUUGUUGUCUCUUUUUUUCUGUUUCCAUGGUGGGAAAAAUAAAUAUUUCCUGUCUUUAAUUAUUCAUUUGUGAAAUAUCAGAUUACUUGACUGUAAAAUCUGCAGGGUAACCUAGCCACUCCAGGGACAAGCUGCAAUGCACUAAUACAUCUUGGCUGGAAUUUAGUUUAGGAAGAACACCUAACCGGGGAGAACUCAGGGUCUUGGGCAAAGUAAAGAAGUUAAUCAAUGGUCUCUCAC